UAUCUUAAGAUAUAAUAUUGAUCAAAUUUACUUACUUUUUUUCAAAAUUUCAAUGAAAAAUUUGAUAAUAUUCUUCUUAAACAAAUUUUUCUAAAGACAAUUUUUUUGACCUCUUGUUAACCUUUUGGUGGGUGAGAAGGUCCCUGGGGUCCCUUUUUCAUAUUCAAACUGAAAUUACACAUUGAUGGCCCAUAUGAAGUGUGAAAAAAUCCGCUGGAACUAAUCAAGCUAUUGAUGAUACUUGGCAAAUGUUGCGGUCUAACUUGGCAGCAGCUUAUACUCCGCAUAAUGCAGUGACCGUUGAUGAGCAAUUAUUCCCAUACAGGGGCCGCACCUGCUUCACACAAUACAUUCCAUCGAAGUCUGCCAAGAAUGAUUUGCUCUGGGAAAUUGCCUGACCAGGCACGAGAGGUGAAUCAAGGGCAGAAUGUUGUACUUCAACUUUCGGAAUACAGGCGCAACUCUUAACCAAUAUGAUUGAACUUGCAUAUGUCGUUUUGGUAUCACUUCCAACAAAUGUUCCAAUUCUACUUCUAGCAACAGGGCGUCGAAAGAUCUACAGUUUUUCACCGAAAUGGCUGGCGGCAGUUCACCUACUCCACCAUAUCAAAUGAUGAUGAAUCCAGGAAUGGGACCCAAUCCACCGAAUCCACAACCUCCACUUAAUUACCAUUCGUCGGCCUACAAAAGACCGACAACGAAUGUUUUUAUAAAUAAACGCAUAGGAGAAGUAGGCGUUGAAUUGGAACCUCACAAGAGACCGCCAGUACAAAUGGUAAAUCCGCAAUUUCGCCCCAUGACCAAUCAAAUGGGUCACAGCCAGCCCAGCUUUCUGCAGCAGAUAUUUGGAGGCACCGGUUCCGGUGGAAACCAGUCACCUAUGCCUACUACCCAGCAGCAACACAUGCGACCAGUUCCCCUUCAAAGUCAACAUGGUCACGGUAAUCCACCGCAGACUUUUCGAGCAGUCUCCGAAAAUGAUUUGUAUUUAUUAGGUGCAAUAGAGAAAUUGGUAUACCGAGUUGACUACCUAGAAAGCAGAGUGAGGAGAACAGAACAGUUGAUUUAUUACCUUAUGGCAGGCAACAAACAACAAGAAGUACGCGACCCUUGUCCUACAAAUUUCACGAGAAUCAGUGAAAAUUGUUACUACAUAAAUAGCUAUCAACAGGUAAAUUGGAAAACGGCCAAUUCGGCAUGCAAGGCACUAAACUCACAUUUGGCAGAAUUCGAAAGAGUGUCAGAAAACGAAGAAAUUAUGGCCUACCUAUUGAAUCAGCCUAACCACCGAGGCCGCGACUAUUGGUUGGGAGGCUUGAACCCCGGUCUCUUGUGGAUUUGGUCUAAUUCUGCUAAACCCGUUAAUCCAAACAUGAAUCUCACCUCUAUUGCAAUGUCCCACAAAGAGAGCUCCCCCGAUAAAGAUGCCGAAUCCAACAUCAUCGACGGUGAAAAAGAAGAAAGCGCAUCAAAAGACGGCUCCAUUCUGAACAAUACUCUUGAAAUAGAGGGCCAGGGUAGAUGUCUAAGACUCGCCUAUAACACCGCCAAACAUGCCUACAAUUAUCAUGGACAAGAAUGUACAACCAGACAGAACUACAUUUGUGAACAUGAGGACAAAACACUAGACAAUAAGAUUAAAAAAAUCGCUCGAGAUCUUAAGCUCUUUUAAAAAACUUAUUUAUUUUAUUAACAUAAGCAAAAUGUUCAAAAUAGGAAAUUGGUCGAUUUAUAGAAUAAAAUAAUUAAAUAAAACUACAUUCGGAACUUGAUUAUCCGGGAUGCUCGAGACCAGAGGCAUUACGGAUAAUCGAUUUUCCCGGAUAAUGGAUAAGAACGAUGAAA